AAUCCGAGGGACUGAUUCCGAAGUUUCUUUUCUUGGUGGAGCCAAAAGAAAGCUCUCGCCUCCUCUCCUCCCCCUCCCUCCUCUUCCCCAACAAUUCUCGCGGUCUUUCUCCGAGGCGGUUUUCAAAAUCCACCAGCUCACAGAUGGGUCAACAAGCAUCUGGCCAAAAUUAUUUCACUGAGCAUGGGCAGGGAAGAAGUGAAUGUAAUUUGGCCUCUAGCAACAAACCCUUGCCACUCUUUGCAAAGAAGACAGCAUUGAGGGAGUUGCAGAAUGAGAAUAGAAUCCUGGUCCCUAACUCCGUUGGAAGUUCUUUUAACAAUAAAGUUCCAACAGUUGAUGCUGUCAAGGUUUCCGGUGCUAAGAGACCCUCUGCCGAGUUGCUAGCCAGUCCGCCUUGCAACCAGUCUUCGCCUAGUACUGCAGCAAACAACCAUCUAGUCUAUGUCCGGAGAAAAUCAGAUGCAGAAAUAGGCAAGAGUGGCAUUUGCGAAAGCACUUCUGGUGGUGCUGGUUGUCCGGAAAUUAUGCUAAAUUGUCAGGAGGAAUUGCCUGAACUGCAAUCCCAGAUAAAGGAGCCAAAGCCUUCAUGUUUUCCAGCACUAGCACCUUUGCCUGUUGAUUAUCCACUGAGCUCAUCGGGAAAACCUUCAAUUCCUCCCAUCGGAAUAUCCUGUGUGAAGUCAGCAUCAACAGGACCUUAUCACGACUCUGAUACUGCGGGUGCCUCCGCAUUGAAGAGAACAAAAUAUCUGCAUUGGGAAGAGAGAUAUUAUCAAUGGCAGCAACUGUUGAGCAACUUGGAGCAAUCGGAUCCAAAGGAUUACCUGCAAAUGCUAAGAUCCCUCUCUUCAGUGGAACUUAGUUGUCAUGCUGUUGAGUUGGAGAAAAGGUCCAUUCAGUUGUCACUGGAGGAAGAAACUGAGAGAGAACGUGCAAAAGCACCGGGCAAUUAUUCUUUGAUAACUGACUUAAGCUAUUUUUGUGCUUCAAACUGCUUAAUCGACUUCCCCUUGAGAAUUAUUGGGUCUAAACGUAUGAUUUAUCCUUUGUCGAUGUGUCUCUGUACUGAAAUUAGGAUGUGCUCCGGUGUAAGUUGGCAUUGUAUUUCUUUACGUGAUAUCAAUUGCUACCUAUGGCAGCCCAUCAAAACCAUGGCGGCAUGUUUGCGUCGGUAGAGCCACCUACAAUGUGGCAGUGAGAAAUACUUGCCUUUUAAUUAAGGAUUGACAUCCCCAUUUUUUUCCUGAAUGGUGGAUUUCUGAUGGCUAUUGUGAAAGUUAAGGGCUAUUCAUUUCUCUUUUCGUGCCCUGAGUAUUUUUUUUUAAUUUGCCUUCGGUCUGCAAUAGGUAGCCAGUGGAUGCUAC